GCAGCUCUGCCUCGCGCUGCAGGUGGACGGCAGGAUGGCGGGAGGACGGCGGGGUCUCGUGGCCCCUCAGAACACAUUCCUGGAGAACAUCGUCCGCCGGUCCAACGAUACCAACUUCGUGCUGGGGAACGCGCAGAUCGUGGACUGGCCGAUCGUCUACAGCAAUGAUGGUUUCUGCAAGCUGUCUGGUUACCAUCGAGCCGAGGUCAUGCAGAAGAGCAGCACCUGCAGCUUCAUGUACGGAGAGCUGACAGACAAGGAGAUGAGCGAGAAGGUUCGACAGACCUUUGAGAACUACGAGAUGAACUCUUUUGAGAUUCUGAUGUACAAGAAAAACCGGAUGCCGGUUUGGUUUUUUGUGAAGAUCGCUCCGAUCAGGAACGAGCAGGACAAAGUCGUCCUGUUUCUCUGCACCUUCAGCGACAUCACCGCCUUCAAGCAACCAAUCGAGGACGACUCUUCUAAAGGUUGGGGUAAAUUCGCCCGUCUGACUCGUGCGUUAACCAGCAGUCGAGGAGUUCUUCAGCAGCUCGCUCCGGCUGUCCAUAAAGGAGAGAAUGUCCACAAACACUCCCGGCUGGCAGAGGUUCUUCAGCUGGGUUCAGACAUCUUGCCUCAGUACAAACAGGAAACCCCGAAGACGCCACCACACAUCAUCCUGCACUAUUGCCUUUUCAAGACAACGUGGGACUGGGUCAUCCUCAUCCUCACUUUUUACACUGCCAUCAUGGUGCCCUACAACGUCUCCUUCAAAACCAAGCAGAACAACGUCACCUGGCUGGUGGUGGACAGCAUUGUGGACGUCAUCUUCCUCGUCGACAUCGUCCUGAACUUCCACACCACCUUCGUCGGCCCGGCCGGAGAGGUCAUCUCUGACCCAAAACUCAUCCGCAUGAACUACGUCAAGACCUGGUUUGUCAUCGACCUGCUGUCGUGUUUGCCUUACGAUGUUAUCAACGCCUUCGAGAACGUCGACGAGGGGAUCAGCAGUCUCUUCAGCUCUCUCAAAGUGGUCCGUCUGCUGCGUCUGGGUCGGGUUGCCAGGAAGCUGGACCACUACAUUGAGUACGGCGCUGCUGUACUGGUUUUACUGGUGUGUGUGUUCGGCCUGGCGGCCCAUUGGUUGGCCUGUAUCUGGUACAGCAUCGGAGACUACGAGGUGAUCGACAAGGACACCAACGCCGUGAGGAUGGACAGCUGGCUGUACCUGCUGGGAGAGACGGUGGGGACGCCGUACAAGUUCAACGUCACAGGCUCCGGCGGCUGGGAGGGCGGGCCCAGCAAAGACUCGGUCUACAUCACCUCGCUGUACUUCACCAUGACCAGUCUGACCAGCAUCGGCUUCGGAAACAUCGCACCAAACACAGACGGAGAGAAGAUCUUUGCUGUGGCCAUGAUGAUGAUUGGAUCGCUGCUCUAUGCCACCAUCUUCGGUAACGUCACCACCAUCUUCCAGCAGAUGUACGCCAACACCAACCGCUACCACGAGAUGCUCAACAGCGUAAGAGACUUCCUCAAACUCUACCAGGUCCCCAAAGGCCUCAGUGAGCGGGUGAUGGACUACAUCGUGUCCACCUGGUCCAUGUCCAGAGGCAUCGACACAGACAAGGUGCUGCAGAUUUGUCCGAAGGACAUGCGAGCGGAUAUCUGCGUCCACCUCAACAGGAAGGUGUUCAAGGAACACCCGGCGUUUCGGCUGGCCAGCGACGGCUGCCUGCGAGCCCUCGCCAUGGAGUUCCAGACCAUCCACAGCGCGCCGGGCGACCUCCUCUACCACGCCGGAGAGAGCGUGGACAGCCUCUGCUUCGUGGUCUCGGGGUCACUGGAGGUCAUCCAGGACGACGAGGUGGUGGCCAUUUUAGGUAAAGGCGACGUGUUCGGCGACGUCUUCUGGAAGGAGAUGACGCUGGCUCAGUCCUGCGCUAACGUCCGAGCGCUGACCUACUGCGACCUCCACAUCAUCAAACGGGACGCGCUGCAGAAAGUCCUGGAGUUUUAUUCCAACUUCGCAAACCACUUUGCCAGAAACCUGGUCCUCACCUACAACUUGAGGAAGAGGAUUGUCUUUCGGAAGAUCAGCGAUGUGAAACGUGAGGAGGAGGAGAUGCUGAAGAGGAAGAACGAGGCUCCUCUGAAUCUCCCUCCGGACCACCCGGUCCGACGACUCUUCCAGCGUUUCCGACAGCAGAAGGAGGCCCGACUUGCCGCUGAGCGGGUCUGUCAGGGUGCCGGCGAUGUGGAAAAAGGUGUUGUCCAACUAGAGCAGCCCAGAGGUCCCGAGGUCUUGGCCUCCACAAGUAUUACAAUGGUGACAGAGAGCCCAGCCACACCCACCACCUGCUCAACAUCCACCACGUCCACAUCCAGGACCUCCAGCCGUGUCAUGCUUCACACUCCCACCACCCAAAACGGAAACCUGACUGGCUGCAAAUCUGCAGAGCCACCCAAAGCGAAAGGCUGGGGACGAUUCAAGGAGUCAGUCGUAAAGGCAGAGUCGUGGAGCAGCGUCUCCAAGGCUGAGUCCAUGGAGACACUGCCUGAUAGAACUAAGUCUCAUGAUGAGGUGUCCCUCAAGAAAACGGACUCCUGCGACAGCGGCAUCACAAAGAGCGACCUCCGUCUGGACAAUGCUGGGGACGCCAGAACGCCACAGGAAAGGAGUCCAGUCCAGUCUGACGAGAAGAGGGUCUUCUGUCCGAUACCGGAGCAGAGCAUGCAAGCUUCUUUCCUUGAGCUGAAACAAGAAUUACGGGGAGACAUCAGAUCUCUGAACAGUCGCAUGGCAGCGCUGGAGUCCCAGUUAGCUGAGAUGCUUCGACUUCUCAAAUCCAGGAAGUCGUCGGGCUCCUUCUUCGAGAUCUCACGGCCGCCCUCCCCUGACUCCGACAAGGACAGUUUCUCUUAGAUUGGACGUGGAAUCAGUCCGUGGGAUUCAAACCUGAACCCUUCAGCCUCCAGAUGUCAGAGAAGAGCUUCUGACUGCAGCGUGAAGCUGCGCUGAUGGUGGUAAAUGACGAUAUCACACAGAUGACAAGAGCACUUUGUUACGUUGGAAUCAUCACUCUGCUGUUCGAGACGUUACAGACUGAACGGACGUCAAACUGAAACGAGGGUAAAUCUGAUUCUUUAAUCUGAGAUUACAGAAAGAGUCAGGACAGUCACACUGGCACCUUUGGUCCUCAGGAGGGUUUGGAGCCUGCAGACCUUCACGAUAUCGGCAAUAAUAACAGAUGGCUUUAACUUUGGCACUGUGCGUUUGGUGACUUUGACCCUGUCUCGUUAAGUCUGGUCCACAACGUUUGUUUAGCUGCUCAGAGCCUCCAGGUACUGAAGGGUCUGCUCUCAUUGGCUAUCUGCACUGUCAAUCAAAAUGACAGUGCGCCACUGUAACAGGCCAGUUUGAUGACAAACCUUUAAAAUGGUCAAAAACAUGAAGAUGUCCAUGAUUUCACUAGUUUCACUGACUGUACUUUGUUUUUCUGCGUUGCACCGUUUGGGAUUGGACCGCUGCAUACCAUCAUAUCAAAUCCACGCGAUGUGAUUGGUUGUUAAGAGCGUCAGUCAAAAGGCUGCCUUUCAGUCAGGAGGCUGUUGAACUGGUUAAAGAUCUUUGUGGACCAGACUUCGAGCUGAUGGUCGGUGGUUUUGCUCGAUGAGACCUGCGAACUGACCGGAGCAGCUGACAUCAGCUCCGUGUUCCUCGGAGAACUCUGGGAUUUAUCGCAGAACAGGCGACGGAGUGUCACCACCUUUAUGCAGACUGAAACACUGUGUGACUUCUGUACGAAGUCUCUGAUGGCUGGGAUCAGCAGCGUUUGUUUAUCCUGAGUGAAUGUGAAAGAUUGAACGCAGCAGAGUGAAGGUGAGGCCCUAAAUGUUCCGAUGUUGAUGUUUAACUCCUGCUCAGAGCUGGAAGUUUGACGGGUUAGUCCAGAUUUUUAACUUUGCUCUAAUAAAUUUGCAUGUUUCGCAGUGAAUGAGUCUCCAGCUGUGGAUGGAGAUCAUGUCUAACUUCACCACAGUGAGAUUUCUUCAGUUUAAUCGAACAGACAUAUUGGAUGCGUGUAACUCUGAUGUCUGUGGCUGCCUUUGGACUUACAGUGCACACAUUCUUUAAUUCAGGUGUUUUAAAGAAAUGGUUCCUGUUGUUUAAAAAUAUUUAGUAUUUCGACCACUGUCUAAAUAUUUCCCCUGAGUAAUAAGCGGGGAUCUGUAUGUUUAUAUGUUAUCAUGACAUGUGAUCACAGGCCUAUUGCGUAACAUUCUGUGUGAUUUGAUUUCAGUAUGUAAAUUAGUGACACGUGGAAACAUGGCACGUCACGGGUCGAAGGAAGUGAUUCUAACAUGUAAGGUGAGGGUCAUGUGACAGACGCAGGCAGCUAAAAGCUAACUGGGCUUACCUGAAGCUUUGCUGCUGCGCGCUCAUUUUUCCUUUGCUGAGCAGGGACUCACCUGCAGCUUUUAUUUUGACAAGCAACUUGAGGUAACAGGGUGGAAUCAUGUGUCCAAACUGUACAGAUCAUUUACGCCAGACUGAGACCGUUUCCAGAUGUGGUUCGACCUCAGUCUAUCAGUCCAACCCUCAGUCCAUCAGUCCAACCAUCAGUCCAACUCUCAGUCCAACCAUCAGUCCAACCAUCAGUCCAUCAGUCCAGCCAUCAGUCCAACCAUCAGUCCAUCAGUCCAACCAUCAGUCCAACUCUCAGUCCAACUCUCAGUCCAACCAUCAGUCCAACCCUCAGUCCAUCAGUCCAACCAUCAGUCCAUCAGUCCAACCAUCAGUCCAACCCUCAGUCCAACCCUCACCAGAUCACCGUUAACAGUAUUGUUACUGUCCAGCCCAAACACCUAAGACAUGUUGGAUUUGGCGUCCUUCUUCUCUCAUUCGUCUCAUCUGCUUAUAAUUUAUUUAAAGGAACUCAGAUUUUUACCCAGUAGCAGAGAAGUUGUGAUUUAAGGCACAUUGACUAACAUUUCACCACUAGAGGUGCAGAAAGUCUCCAAAGCGAACUAAACAGUGUGUGUUUUGUGUGGUUUCGAGGUGCGUGUCAGUCAGUGCCUCCUCUGGGAGAGGUGUCGUGCCUCUUCUCAGUCCUUCGCCUCUUCGUAGUGAUUUUAUGAGUCUGCUUCGUUAGAGUUCACUGGCGGAGGACGCCGUGUCCUCUCGGGACGUCACUGGUUUGGUUUCUGAACAGCGACGACUUGUAGCAACUAAACCACCUGCUGUGGUGAAACGAUGAAAAAACAAGCUACUGCGUGAUUUCACCUCAUGUCCACAGACCAGCGACAGCACUCUGCCGUCAGGUUGACAGAUUGUGUUUAAUCAGACUGUAAUGGAGCAGAGCUGAUCCUCCAUGUUGUUUUUGAAGUCUACCAGAUGUUCACGGCUCGCCAGUUUUUCCUUUGGCUUCAGCUUUGACGUCUUCAUCGUGCCUCCAUCAAAGUUCCAGCGCAGCAAACCUUAAUGAUUUUAUAUGCAACGUUAGUCGGCUGGUCAGGUUCGCACCCAACACAUCUCGUCAGUCGUCCUGACGAUAUGCAGAUUAUUCUGAGCCCGGACACAAGAGCAAAACUUCAGUUCUUUAAACUUUGGUGAACUUUGUAGCCCACGCACUUCCUGCUGUGUGGUCACUUCCUGCUGUGUGGCUUCUAGCUUCACCUUGAUCACUGCGACACCUGCUGGCCACCACAGUCUGUGCAGCCUUUUCUGUAGAGUCUCUGAGGUCGUCCACAAUUUCUGAAGGACGCUUUGAAUCCUGGAGCUUCACUGAGGGGUGACGUGUGCGUGGAGCUGAGACGAGCAGAGACAUUCACAGCUGACACACCUGUUAAUCCAGGUACAAACACCCACCCAACAUUCUCCGAUCUUUAAUCUUAAUGUCUCCUUCAUGGAACAUUAUUAUUAUUAUAUUAACUAUUUACUGAGAGCUGAGCUUUGUGUUUUCCAGCUCAGUUCAGUACAGUCAGAGUUUUCAUGGUGCUUCAUCUAGAUGAUGAUGAUCCAGUGGCGGCACCUGAAUGCAAUGACGGUGGGAAGAUGCUUUACGUGUCCACAUGCCUGAGGCAUCCGUGUGA